AUGGCCCCGACCGCGGCGAACGCGGAGGCGACGUUCACGCUCGAGGGGGAGGACCACACGCUCGGGAACGCGCUGCGGUACGUCCUGAACGCGAACCCGAGCGUGACGCUGUGCGGGUACAGCGCGCCGCAUCCGAUGGAGCGACGGGUGAACGUGCGGGUGCAAACGCACGGACGGGAGGGAGCGACGGCGCGGGGGGCGAUGCGGGACGCGCUGUUGGACGUGAUAUCGGUGUGUGAUCACGUGCACGAGAGCUACGAGAAGGCGGAGAGGGCGGUGGGUGGGAAGACGUAG